GAGAGAGCAAGAGACAUGUAGCGAGUUCAGUCUUACCUCAGAAAAACCUUUAGACGCCAGAAUAGUUGCAAGAUGGUGCCACUUGGAGGCGUCCGUCGCAUAUUUUAAAUCACACACAUAUCGAGACAGAACGUGUGCUUGGCGGAAGAGUGAAAAUGUGGUGUACUGUUUAUCCUGACGUCAGUUAGCACGUCUUGCACUACUGCUGCUGUCUCGUAACUACGUUUCAGAAAGAAUUAGGGAAUCGAUAGGCUGGAGAAAACAGUUUGCACAUCGGCCCUCGCGGAGUCACUGAAAUUAUUUCUGCAUCUAUUCCAAACUGGACUAAAACAGCACAAUGAACAACUGUGCAUUUCUACUGAUCCUGGCCGUUCAAAUCUACGCCGAAGGCAUAGAGGGACCAACAGCAGCAGGCUGCACCUUUGACGAGGAUUCUGAGCCCAGUCUGUGUGACUUCACCCAAGGGGAGGAGGAUGACUUUGACUGGCAGCUCUUCAGGACACACAACUCACCCUACGCCUCUUCUGACCUCCUGCGUGGUUCCUAUAUGCUGGUGAACUCUUCCCAGCAUGCUGCAGGGCAUCGCGCCCAGCUCCUGCUGCAGACGCUGAGUGAAAACGACACACACUGCGUCCAGUUCAGCUACUUCCUGUACAGCCGCGAUGGCCACAGUCCAGGGGCACUGCGAGCGUACGUUCGGGUCAACGGCGGCCCGCUGGGUAGCCCAGUAUGGUACACGUCAGGGUCCCACGGACCACAGUGGCACCAAGUGGAGCUGGCUGUCAGCACCUUCUGGCCCAAUGAGUACCAGGUCCUGAUCGAAGCAACUGUUUCCAGGGAGCGGCGAGGCUACAUCGCCAUUGAUGACAUCAUGCUCCUGACCUAUCCCUGUUAUAAGGCGCCCCACUUCUCCCGGCUGGGGGAUGAGGAGGUCAACGCUGGGCAGAAUGCCACCUUCCAGUGUGUGGCAUCGGGCCGGGCAUCGGAAGCUGAGAAGUUCCUACUGGAGAGGCACAGUGGGGACGUGACAUCUACAGCCUUGGUCAAGCACCUGAGUCACCGGCGCUUUGUGGCGUCAUUACAGGUGGACAGUGUGCAGUGCAACAACCAGGACCUGUACCGAUGUGUCACCCAGUCCUCCAGGGGCUCUGGGGUCUCCAACUUCGCUGAACUCAUCGUCAAAGUUCCCCCCUCCCCUAUCGCACCCCCACAGCUGCUGAGAGCUGGCUCCACAUAUCUGAUCAUCCAGCUCAACACCAACUCCAUCCUGGGAGAUGGCCCUAUUAUCAGGAAGGAGAUUGAGUACCGGGCCAGCCAAUCACCUUGGUCUGAGGUCCAUGGGGUCAACAUGGUCACCUACAAGCUGUGGCACCUGGACCCAGACACGGAGUAUCACAUAAGUGUGUUGCUGACCCGGCCCGGAGAGGGCGGCACCGGACCACCUGGACCACCCCUCGUCAGCAGGACUAAGUGUGCAGAACCCACACGGGCCUUGCGAAGUCUCACAGCCUCAGAGAUCCAGUCCAGGCAGCUGACCCUGCAGUGGGAGACGCUGGCCUACAACUUGACCCGCUGCCACACCUACUCUGUGUCCCUGUGCUACCGCUAUGCCACCGCAGGGGGCGGCGGUGGGCACAACACUACUGUGCGUGAGUGCCUGGCGGUUGAGCACAAUGCCUCACGCUUCACCCUGCGUGACCUGCCGGCCUACCACUCCAUCCAGGUCCGUUUGGCGCUCGCCAACCCUGAGGGCAAGAAGGAGGGUCGGGAGGUCACCUUCCAGACUGAAGAGGACAUUCCCGGUGGCAUCACCCCUGAAUCGCUGACCUUCACCCCCCUGGAAGACAUGAUCUUCCUCAAGUGGGAGGAGCCAGUGGAACCCAAUGGUCUCAUCACCCAAUACGAGAUCAGCUACCAGAGCAUUGAGUCGUCUGACCCAGGCAUCAAUGUGCCAGGACCUAGGAGAACAGUGUCGAAGCUGAGGAACGAGACCUAUCACAUGUUCUCCAACCUUCACCCUGGCACCACGUAUCUGAUUUCUGUCCGUGCUCGCACAACCAAGGGCUUCGGCCAGACCGCCCUAACUGAGAUCACCACCAACAUUUCUUCUCCAAUGUUUGACUAUGGAGACAUGCUGUCCCCUCUGAGUGAAACAGAGAGCACGAUCACUGUGUUGCUUCGCCCCGCCCUGGGCAGGGGAGCUCCCGUCAGUACGUACCAGGUUGUGGUAGAGGAGGAGAGUGGCAGGAAGGUGAAGAGGGAGCUGGGGGUUCAGGACUGUUACCCUCUGCCCAUGUCCCAUGGGGAGGCCCAGGCCAGAGGGACCCCCAACUACUACACGGCCGAGCUGCUUCCCAGCAGCUUACCUGAAGCCAGCCCCUUCACCGUGGGGGACAACCACACCUACAAUGGCUACUGGAACACCCCGCUGGACCCCCGCAAGAGCUACCUUGUCUACUUCCAGGCCAUGAGCAACUUCAGAGGGGAAAGCAGAAUAAACUGCAUCCGAAUAGCCCGCAAAGCGGCCUGUAAGGACCACCGGCGGGCUCUGGAGGUAUCCCAACACUCAGAGGAGAUGGGGCUGAUCCUGGGGGUGUGUGCUGGGGGCCUGGUGGUGCUCAUCCUGCUCCUGGGGGCCAUCAUCAUCAUCAUCAGGAAGGGGAAGCCAGUGAACAUAAAUAACACACCCAUAACGUACCGUCAGGAGAAGAGUCACAUGGGUUCGAUGGAGCGCAGUUUCACUGACCAGAGUACCCUGCAGGAGGAUGAGCGUGUGGCCCUCUCUGCAGCACGCAUGGCACACACCUGCAGCAUGCGCGGUGAGCAGUGUAGUUCAGUGAAUGAGUCCAGUAGUCUUCUGGGGGGUUCGCCACGACGCCAGUGUGGGCGUAAGGGCUCACCCUACCACACCGGUCAGCUCCACCCUGCUGUGCGCGUGGCUGACCUUCUCCAGCACAUCAACCAGAUGAAAACUGCAGAGGGGUACGGCUUCAAACAGGAGUACGAGAGCUUCUUUGAUGGCUGGGACUGCACCAAAAAGAAGGACAAAACUAAAGGGAGGAAUGACACGUUGAUGGGAUAUAAGUCAUCAUGGACAUGCCAGCCCUCUUGGGACGAAUGCACUGAUCACCACAACCGCCACAGAGUCAAGCUCCACCCACUCCUGGGAGACCCCAACUCCGACUACAUCAACGCCAACUACAUAGACAUUCGGAUUAACAGGGAAGGCUACCAUCGAUCCAACCACUUCAUAGCCACUCAGGGGCCCAAACAGGAGACAGUGUAUGACUUCUGGAGGAUGGUGUGGCAGGAGAACUGCUUCAGCAUCGUCAUGAUCACUAAACUGGUAGAGAUAGGCAGGGUGAAAUGCUGUAAAUACUGGCCUGAUGACAGUGAGAUGUAUGGAGACAUCAAGGUUACACUGCUGAAGCUGGACACACUUUCAGAGUACACAGUUCGUACUUUUGCCUUGGAGAGGAUGGGCUACUCAGCUAAACACGAGGUGCGUCAGUUCCACUUCACGUCCUGGCCGGAGCAUGGGGUUCCCUACCACGCCACAGGCCUGCUGGCCUUCAUACGGCGGGUCAAAGCAUCCACGCCCCCCGAUGCUGGACCUGUGGUCGUCCACUGCAGUGUGGGGGCGGGCCGCACAGGCUGCUACAUCGUGCUGGACGUCAUGUUGGACAUGGCCGAGUGUGAGGGUGUGGUGGACAUCUACAACUGUGUCAAAACCCUCUGCUCACGACGCAUUAACAUGAUCCAGACAGAGGAGCAGUACAUAUUUAUCCAUGAUGCCAUCCUGGAGGCUUGUCUGUGUGGAGAGACGGCAAUCUUGGUGAAUGAGUUUGCACUCAUCUACAAAGACAUGCUGCGUUUGGACUCUCAGAGCAACUCCUCCCAGCUACGAGAUGAGUUCCAGACAUUGAACUCGGUCACCCCUCACCUGGACGUGGAGGAGUGCAGCAUCGCCCUGCUCCCCAGGAACCGGGAGAAGAACCGCAGCAUGGACGUGCUGCCGCCCGACCGCGCCCUGGCAUUCCUGGUCACCACCGAGGGCGAGAGCAACAACUACAUCAACGCGGCACUCACUGACAGCUUCCACCAGCCCGCCGCUUUCAUCGUCACCCCUCACCCGCUCCCCGGCACCACCGCCGACUUCUGGAGGUUGGUGUUCGACUACGGCUGCACCUCGGUGGUCAUGCUCAACCAGCUCAACCAGUCCAACUCUGCCUGGCCCUGUGUCCAGUACUGGCCAGAGCCUGGUCUGCAGCAGUAUGGGCCAAUGGAGGUUGAGUUCCUGUCCAUGUCAGCUGACGACGACGUCAUCACUCGUCUGUUCUGUGUCAAAAAUGUGACAAGGCCCCAGGAGGGCCAGAUGGUGGUGUGUCAGUUCCAGUUCCUGCGCUGGUCAGCCUACCGCGACGUGCCCGACUCCAAGAAGGCCUUCCUCAGCCUACUGGCUCACGUGCACAAGUGGCAGAGGGAGUGUGGAGAUGGCCGCACUGUUGUCCACUGCCUGAACGGCGGUGGGCGCAGUGGGACAUUCUGUGCCAGCACCAUCCUGCUGGAGAUGAUACAGUACCAGAACAUGGUGGACAUCUUCUACUCCAUCAAGACACUCCGCAACUCCAAACCCAACAUGGUGGAGUCACUGGACCAAUACAGAUUCUGCUACGACCUUAUCCUGGAGUACUUGGACUGCAUAGAAGACAGCAUGAGAUAGCAAUGUUCCGUAGCUGGUGCGUCUUGUGGGCUGUGACCUGCUGACUGGGUUACACACCCUGUGACCCCAUCAACAUUUACUUUAUUGUUUGGAUUAAUGUGCCUAAGGUGUUGUGAAGGACAAUAAUAGACAAAAAAGGGGGAAGUGCUCCUCACUUUUAACCCUUUAAUGUACAGCUGUGGUUUCCUCCAUUUUAUUGUUGACGUUGGUCAUGAUACUUUCAGCUUCGUUUUUGUGCGUUCUUGGUAUUUGCCUCUGGACUGGAGCUCUUUUGUGCUAAAUGUUUCUGUGGCGUCAACGAUGGAGAAAGAUGAGAGAGUACCUGUGAAGAGGUUACCCUGCCUUUCAUCAUUUUUCUUCAAACAUGGAUGGCCCGGGCAGUUUUUUCUCUUGUUGACGAGAGUCCGGCGCUAAAAACAGAAUUUGACUCCACAUGGAAGUGUUCCGGUCUCUCCAAGAGACACAGCAAAUGCAGUCUACUGUGGUGAAUACAAGAUAUCUCUACCACAAACUGCCUUACCGUCCACUAACACUGGGGGAGAUAUAGUACAACUCAAUGGAAUGAUUUCAAUGGGCUACAUGAAAAACAGUGCUUUGCGUAAUACAUUUUCCAAUUUGGCAGUGCUAUGAUAAAUAGAUGAGAGUCAUCGAGACAGGAGGAAGAAGUACAAUUUUAUGUGCCACUUUUUGUGAUGGGCCAACCUGGUAUGUCAUAAGACUGAUCCAAUGCCAAUCAAACGGGAUGCCUAACCUGUCACUUAAUUUAAUUGUGUCAAUCCCACAGACUGACUUGAAUCCUGUCUUCACUUUGUUCUACUCCUUCAUGUUGAUACAUGUACAGUGCAUUCGGAAGGUAUUCAGACCCCUUGACUUUUUCCACAUUUUAUUCUGUUACACCCUUAUUCUAAAAUGGAUGACAUACUUUUUUCCCUCAUCAAUCUACACACAAUACCCCAUAAUGACAAACCAAAAACAGUUUUCUUGAAUUUCUUGCAAAUGUAUAAAAACACCGGAAAUAGCUUAUUUACAUAAGUAUUCAGACCCUUUGCUAUGAGACUCAAAAUUGAGUUCAGGUGCAUCCUGUUUCCAUUGAUCAUCCUUGGGAUGUUUCUACAACUUCAUUGGAGUCCACCUGUGGUAAAUUCAAUGGAUUAAACAUGAUUUCGAAAAAGGCACACACCUGCCUUUAUAAGGACCCACAAUUGACAGUGCAUGUCAGAGCAAAAACUAAGUUGAGACAGGAUGUGUCGAGGUACAGAUCUGGGGAAGGGUACUAAAAAAUGUCUGCAGCAUUGAAGUUCCCCAAGAACACAGUUGCCUCCAACAUUCUUAAAUGUAAAACGUUUGGAACCAUCAGGACUCUUCCUAGGGCCUGCCGCUCGGCCAAACUGCGCCAACGGGGGAGGAAGGCCUUGGUCAGGGAGGUGACCAAGAAUCCGAUGGUCACUCUGACAGAGCUCCAGAGUUCCUCCGGGGAGAUGGGAGAACCUUCCAGAAGGACAACCAUUCCUGCAGCACUCCACCAAUCAGGCCUCUAUGGUAGAGUGGCCAGAUGGAAGCCACUCCUCAGUAAAAGGCACAUGAAAGCUUGGAGUCGGCCAAAAGGCACCUAAAGACUCUCACACCAUGAGAAACAAGAUUCUCUCAUCUGAUGAAAACAAUAUUUAACUCUUUGGCCUGAAUGCUAACCGUAACGUCUGGGGAUAACCUGGCACCAUCCCUAUGGUGAAUGAAGCAUGGUGGUGGCAGCAUCACGCUUUGGGGAUGUUUUUCAGUGGCAAGGACUGGGAGACUAGUCAGGACAGAGGGAAAGAUGAACGGAGCAAAGUACAGAGAUUCUUGAUGAAAACCUGCUCCAGAGCGUUCAGGACCUCAAAUUGGAGUGAAGGUUUACCUUCCAAAAGGACAACAACCGUAACCACACAGCCAAGACAGCGCAGGAGUGGCUUUGGGACAAGUCUCUGAAUGUCCUUGAGUGGCCCAGCCAGAGCCCGGACUUGAACCCGAUCCUAACAUCUCUGGAGAGACCUGAAAAUAGCUAUGCUGUGACGCUCCCCAUCUAACCUGACGGAGCUUGAGAGGCUCUGCAGAGAAGAAUGGGAGAAACUCCCCAAAUACAGGUGUGCUUAGCUUGUAGCUUCAUACACAUACAUCAAUGCUGUAAUCACUGUGAAAGGUGCUUCAACAAAGUACUGAGUAAAGGGUCUGAAAACUUAUGUAAAUGUGAAAUUUCAGUGUUUAUUUGUAAUACAUUUACAAACAUUUCUAAAAACCUAUUUUUGCUUUGUCAUUAUGGUGUAUUGUGUGUAGAUUGAUGAUUUAAUCUCCUGUAGAAUAAGUCUGUAAUGUAACAAAAUGUGGAAAAAGUCAAGGGGUCUAAAUUCUUUCCGAAUGCACUCUAUUUGUAAAACCACUGUUCCAAAUGUGGAUGUGUGCAAUAUGAUGACCCUCUUAUGGGGUAGUCUUGAAAGAAGUGCAGAUGUACAGAUAUAUUUAAGAGGCUUAAAGAGAGUAAAGAGAGUUAAAACUGCCACUUUAUCCGUGACCACGUGUCUAUAUGAGCAGUCCUUGUAGGACAUCUGUGUUCUCUAUCUCUAGUUAGAGUUAAACAAACAGGGGGAGUGGAAAACCUGGUUUUACCCAACCGUGACCUUGUUCCACAAUACAGACUGGUGUAACUAACCCAUUAGACCCUGUCUGUAUGAAAAGCUCGUAUAUGCAUGUUGGAAUGUAUAGACUAUUAUAUGAUCUGUGUUGAGACCCUGAUCUCAAAUUAAAUUACAAGUGUCUAUAACCCAUAGAACACUAAUAUACAUUUAAGUCAUUUAGCAGACGUUCUUAUCCAGAGCGACUUACAAAUUAUGAAGAAAAUCCGCUUUGGGAUUUUAAAUAAAACAUUUUGUGGCUAAAUCAAGGGUCAGUAAACCAAUAUUGCAGUCUCUACUAAUACCCACUUUGUGAGAACAUAAGCAGUUCUCAAUAUAUUGCUUUUUCUUUAGAUGAUCUCAGUGUCUUACUGUACUGUAAUGGUGGUGCAAAUGUCACUAUUAUUGACCAGAAGAAGUUCCUCCUCCUAAAAAAGCCAUCUCCAUGCCACCAGAGACUCUGGGUUUGAGCCCAGGCUCUGUCGCAGCCGGCCGCGACCGGGAGGUCCAUGGGGCGACGCACAAUUGGCCUAGCGUCGUCAGGGUUAGGGAGGGCUUGGCCGGUAGGGAUAUCCUUGUCUCAUCGCGCACUAGCGACUCUCGUGGCGGGCUGGGCGCAGUGCACGCUGACCAGGUCGCUAGGUGUUUCCUCCGACACAUUGGUGCGGCUGACUUCCGGGUUGGAUACGCGCUGUGUUAAGAAGCAGUGCGGCUUGGUUGGAUUGUGUUUCAGAGGACACAUGGCUCUCGACCUUCGUCUCUCCCGAGCCCGUACGGGAGUACAAGACAGUAACUACUAACAAUUGGAUACUAUGAAAUUGUGGACAAAAAGGGGGUUUAAAAAAAAGCCCUCUCCUUUGGACUGGGACCAUACAAUGAGUGGCAUUCACCCCAACCACGACAGCUAAGACAAACCCAGUCCCUGCUGGUUCUUAAAUCCACGGUCUGGUCAAAGCACCAGGAUGGAGGAAGUGGAGAAAGAGAGUAUUCCAGACCCAAACAGGGUCUUAAAAAUCUGACAGAUGUGCAUAUUUUUUAUGCAAAACUGGAAGAGGAAAAUGGUGAGGCUUGCUAGUGCAGCACUUCCUGGGUUGUGUUGGGCACUUCAUGUGCAAAAGGCAAUGUUGCUCAUCUUUGGAAUCCCUGGACUCCAAAAGGUAGUGCCUGGACACUUAUUUGAGGUUGAAGAGUAUACGUGUACAUAUAGAUGUAUAUUUAUUGUAUGUUCUGUGACUAAUUACUAUCUGUUUGCCCAGAGUAAAGAUAUACAGUAAGUGACCACAAUGCUGAAUGUACUGUAAAAGUACCAUCAUUCUAGCCCUGUCUAAACCUGGUUAUAACUUGCAUCUUUUGUACUGAUCUUGUCUACAUUCUGAUUGUGCCCACAUUUUUUGACAGGUGUAGACGAUCCAGACGACACAUUGUGAAUCAGAUCAUCCUGUCCACCUCAGGAGGUAGUCAGACACGAUCUGGAAAUCUGGUCACAAUGCAGACUCAGUGGAUGGAUAACAAACACAUGUUAUUUGAUUUCCGCAUUGUUGGGGUUAGAGCUUGUAAGAAAUGCAUUUCACUGUACUUGAAAAUUGUAAUACCAUGCGUAGACACAUUUCUGGAAGUGUGGGUACAAUCAGAAUGUAGACGAGGACAAAGGACCUAUUUUACCACCAGGUAUAAACGGGGCGUCUUGAGUUUAAUGCCAUCGGAUUAUUUGACACAUUUUGGCACCGAUAUUGGGUGUUUUUCCUCUGAGUGCCAUUCCAAAACCCUUCCAUCUAAAAAGCACGCCUCUGACCAUCAUCAACGCAUGUGUGAAUCCAAAUGUUCUGCUUCUUCAAAUCAGUUUGCCUUUUUCUUCCACUUCAAAGACAUUCUCAUUGACGUUCAAAUUUCCGUUACGUGGCGCUCUAUUCAAUCUGUAAAGCUGAAGUAUUACAGAUUCUGCCAUAGAAAUGUAAAGGUAAUUCCUGAUUGUGCCGACCUAUGCAGCAUUGCAGCAGUGUUAUGCAGUCUCCGCUAAAGCAGGAACAUUACCUUUAAACUUAUAUCACGCUGUAAAGCUGAACUUACUGUGUAUUUCCACAUAGGUGUCACAGUGUGAACUGAACGCUAUUUACGUUUUCAAAGCUCUCAUGAUGCAAUGACAGUAAUUGCUUGAGUGGCCGGCCCCCAUUAGUUCCUUCUUGAGUGUUUCUGUAUGAUAUUGGAACAAGACUACUGUGUUUCUGACCAUGUAUUUGUGGGGCAGGGUGUGUAUGUAAAUAGAGAGAGAGGGAGACAAAAUAACGGAAAUAUAUUUGGGGUUGUGAGCGGGUUUUUGUUCUGAAGAAUAACAACCAUCAACAAUAAAAAUGUAUUGA